AUGAAAUCCAAUAACUACUACAACAAAGUGUACAUACAGAUCACAACAUAUAAACAAUAUUCUAAGUUGAAAGCUGAUAAGAACAUGAACCAUGAAAAGGAAAUCAUUAAAAGAUUUUCUCAACCUGAUGAUAAUACGAAAUUUAUAUGUUCCAUUUGCCUUAAUACCAAAUCUAAAUGUGAUGAUUACUCGAAACCAGAAUGUAAUAAACGAAAAUCUAAAUCUUGUCCGAUUUGUCAGAAAGGAGUGCAUUACCGUUGGGAAGGUUUGGCUGAAAAACUUAAACCGGAUAAAUGCGAAGUGAAAGAAAAGGCUAUACGAAUGAGCGAUCACACAUCAAGCACCAAAACUGUUCAAACAUCACAGACUGAUGUCACACAAGGAUUAAAUUUAUUAAAUGAAGUACUCACCGUGUUCCAGAGCAAGAAACAAAUUUGCAUAGAAAAAGAGAAAUAUAAUAAAACGGUAAUUUUUAAAGAUGCAUGUGUCGAAACCGAAAAUUGGAGAAUUAAAACUGAAAUUAAACCAAAAUUAACAAUUAGCAAGAUAUACCAUAUAUCUAUAGCAGAAAGUAAUUUAGCCGAAAACAAUAAAUUCACGGUUGUUAAUUACUCUCAACCGCAAAGAGAUAGGAAUUCACAAUAUUCAAUCGAUCUUAUCAAACAUAAAUCUUCUUCGAUUCCCCAAAUGAAAUUGGAGGAAUUGAAACAUUCUUUGAAAGAGAAAACUAAAUCAAAAGAUGCGAUUGAGGAAGUGAAUAGAAUGUUUGCGACAGUCAGAAAAAAUGCACUACUUGAAAAUAUCGAAGACGGUAAUAGACCUUUAACAAGAAAUGGACCUCGAGUGUUACCAGUUGUAAGAGUUAAUAAAAAGAAUGGACAUGAAACGACAACAUAUAAAAGAGUAGAGGAGAAACAUUGUAAAUGUUGUCAGACGAAUAAUUUUCUACUGUCCAGCGGCGAUUCUUUGAUAAAGCCGAGUUGUCAUUGUCAGCAGAGGACUUGUGAGAAGGUAUGUGGAAAGGGAGCUUACGUGUCACGUUGUCAUACCAAUUGCCGUCAGUACCACGAGUCGUGUGACCAUUGCUGUCAAAGGUGCAAAGACAACAGGUGUCAUCACCAUGUCUGUUACGAAGAUACUAAUGACGGAGAUAGUUGUGCUAGCUUUUGA